GUGUUUACAUUUCAAAUGUUUUGGAUUUUAAGUCAAAAAUUUGUUAUUAAAUUAUGUUUUGAAGUGAUUUAAGACAAGACAUGAUAGUAAUCAAAGUAAUGAUAAUAUAAGACAUUAAAGACUUAAAACACAAGACAUGAGUGUCACGAUUGAUGUGAACGACGUGUUUGAAGAAGUGGUUAAACAAAAUGAAAGACUUGUCAAAGAAAUUGAAUUUUAUGAAGAAGUGGUCAACGAUUUGAUAACAAAUAUAAAGACAUGUAUUGUUUGCCAACAAAAUGAUGUCAUAAAAGAUAGAUUCAAUCAAUUGGAGGCACACUUGAAGAGUAAGACGAUAAUCGAUAAUUUAGUUGAAGUAAAGAGUGAAUACAAUGACUGCGAUAACAAAUUAGAGACAAAAACGUUACAAAAAUCAAGGAAAAGCUGUGUUAAAGAGGUUACAGAUUCUUAUAAUUAUAAAUCAUGUGAAACAAGUGAUGACAACAACUCUAGUAAAAGUUGGACAACAAAUGUAAAAACAAAGACAUUGAAGAAAACUAAGAAAAAUUUAAAAAUUGAAUUCAAAAGAAAUGAAAAAAUCAUUUUAAAAGAUGUCGAUGAAGUAACAGAUGGUAACAGCAAUAGACAUACAGAUAGAAGUGGAAAACGCAUGAAAUCAUACAGUGAUGAGUAUGCAAAACAAAGACUAGAAUUAAGAGAUGACACAUUUAUCAAUGAUGGUAGCUAUCAGUGCCAGACAUGUGAUAAUAAAUAUAUUAAAUUUGAAGACUUGGAGGCACACGUUAACAAAAAACAUCUUAACAUUAAGCCAUACAAAUGUCACAUUUGUGGCGACCAUUUGGUCGGUUAUAAUGCUUUAAGACGACAUAGGAGUCACAAACAUUAUACUGUUGGCGAAGGUAUGGAUCAGUUAAGUGAUCGACGAAAAUCUCAAAUCGCCGAAACUUUAUCAAAAUUUCAAUGUAAAUAUUGUCAAAAGUUUAUACAUUGCGAGUUAGAGCUUAAGCGACACGUGUCGCGCGUCCAUAAAAACAUUAAACCGACUAAAACGGUUGCGUGCGAUAUGUGUGACAAAUCCUAUAGUAAUAGCUGUUCACUUGUCAUACAUAAACGUUUACAUCACGGCAUUGGACGGAAGUUACCGCUUUUCUACUGCGAUUGGGAGGGAUGUCAGUUUAAAUCAACCAAUAAUGCAUUAGUCACAGUGCAUAAGAAAACCCAUUUAGGUAUCCGUGACUAUGUGUGUGAUUGGCCCGGAUGUGAGUUUCGGUCGGCAACCAAAUCAAAUCUGAAUACACAUCGUCUAACACAUAACGAUACUAAUGAUUACCGGUGCCAAUGGACUGGUUGUGAGUUUUGCACUAAAACUGAUAAACUAUUGAAAGAUCAUAUGAAAAGAGUUCACGAAGACAUACCCCGAACACUGUCGUGUCAUUGGCCCGGAUGUGACAAAAUGUUUAGAUUUAAUAAUAAUCUGAGAAAUCAUUUGAAAAGUCAUAGCGAACCACAUCUGCCCUGUCCUCAGUGUAACAAAUUAUUUAAGACUAAAAAACAUAUGAUAACUCAUAUGCAAACACAUACGGGUUGGAUACGAGUCCCGUGUCCUGUAAAGGGAUGUAAUAUACGGAUAUCAAGCAGUAGUAAUGUUAGAUCACAUCUAAGAGUACAUCAUAAGGACUGGAUCGGCAAUAAGUGA